CCUGCACGCUUCCGCAUGUUCUUCUGAGCAGGGAGCUCGUUACACCUUGCAAGAAACCAUUGAAGGAGAAAAUGAGCGAGCGUGCUACAGGCCAUAUCAGACGGUGUAGCGAGUGAGCCAGCUAGCGCAACUGUCUGGCUCCGCCCCUAUCCCCUCGCUUACCAUCCCCUUCGAUCGCUUGUGUCAUGUUAGUAUCUUUGUUGCACAUCGGAUUGCUGUCCCAUCUUUGUUCGAAUUUUGGGGAAACGGGGAUUACUUUGUUUGGAUGGCCCCGAGAUGCCGGAUCGUUCCCAAUUGGACGGUACCCGCGAUUGGUGAUGAUUCACAACUCAAUUCCGGCUAUGUCCACGCCAAAAGCUCUUCUUUGGAAUAUGCUGGAUAUGGUUAAAUAUGCAAGUAAAUGCAGUCUUCACAACUUCCAGUGUCUGUUGAAGGCUAUUUCUUGUCUACAAAGUACUUUCGAUUAUUACCACGGUUCAAUUACGGGCUGUUCAAAUUGGAUACAACUCCUCCAUCUCCGUCAUUCCUAUGCCAAAAUACUGCAGAAGGCCAAGUCUGAUAUGUGGGCGCCAGGUCUCAAUCUUGUUUCGCUUUGCCAUACAUUGUGGCUGUCCAAUGCUUAAACUAUGCCAUCCACCCACUCGGUGUCAAAUCAGGAAACCUUCCUCCGGUCGAGGCUUAGGUGGCGCUUAGUGGCGAGUGAGAAGUAAGAAAGCCUCGGCUCAAUGCUUCGGCAGCUCUACAAUUCUUCAAAGGUUCAAUGAUUGGACAAAAUCACUCCUUGGAGAAUGCUUGCCAUCUGGUCGUAUUGUUUACGUGCGUGAGGAUUAGAUUAAGUUGCUAGCCC